UUAAUUGGACAGAUAUUAUUAACGAACUUGUGGUAAAACAAAGCUUCCUUGCUGAAGUGCUGCUUGCAGUGGCACUGCCAUCAGGAAAAAUAGGAAACACCAAGGCAACAGAAGGGCUGGUUCCUGUCAUUGGAACUGUAUAUGGAAUGUUGAUGAAACAAAGAUUUCAUGAACUUUCUGCUAUCCAGAAAGUCAUAUCGAUUUCUCUAGCUAAUGAACAGGCCCACCAAAAGAUGUUAGAGUUCCAGUUUGGUACAUUGUUGUUUUGUUAUGAAGUUCAUUUUACAACAAAUUUUUCAAAUUCAGGUUUAUGACCGACUACAGCCACUUGGUGUGUCAUUGAGUCACCAAGGAAUGUUAGAGACCAUGUCAGCAAUCUCCAAUAGCUUCAAUACAGAACUAACAGAGUGUGUUAAACAGGGAAAGAAGUUCCGUAUAAUAGGGGACAAUGUUAAUUUUCACAUGGGAGUAGCUCAAGCGCGAAAAAAUACUGGGAAAGUGAGCCACAUGGAACACUGGUUUGGCUCGGCUGCAAUUGUUCAAAAUGUAUCAUUUCCUGAUUUACCAGGAACACAUCCACAACAUGACCUUCGGUAUUUACCUGCAGCAACUUUCAUGCUUGAUGAACAUGAAUGGAAUGGCAUCAUGUUUAAGUUUUCUUUAAUCAUGACUAGGAUUCUAGUUGAUUUCUUCCCAUGGCUGAAGUUUGCUAAGUCUGCAGUCAGUCAAGUCAUUGAUGACAUACCUGAGGGGCUAAAAGAACCAAACCUAGUUAUACCUCUCCCCAUUUUACAUAAAAAUGAACAGAAGUACGCUGAAGUUGUGGAUAUCUUAGACUCAUAUCAGGAAUUGUGUGAGACAACAUAUGAAGCUGCUGAAAAGCCAUUACAGGAAGUCCACAUAGGUGGUGACCAACUCACACGAGAGCGUUUUUCUGGAGCUAAGCGGCUUAGAGCUGCAGCUCUUUCAGAAACGGAGCGAUUUGAGAGUCUUUUUCCAAUUACAUUUGAAUUGUUUCAUUUGCAAAUGACUGUUUUGACUACCUUCUAUCAGAUAUUGUAUGAUACACAAAACACAGACUCUUUCACACUACACAGUCAAAAGAUUCGUUUGUUAAGGAAGGAUGCAGAUGGGAAUGAUGUGAAAAACCACUAUGACAGCUGUAGAGAAUUAGCAGUUUCUGUAAUAAAAGCUUAUGUAAUAGAAGCAGCAUGUGAGCAGUUUGGACUUCCAGACACUGAAGUAGUACCAGAAAACAUUCCAGAAUACCAGAAUAUGUCCAAUGAGGAGAUUAAGCUUUGGCUAGUGAGUCAAGUCAGUCCAAUCAUUAUCAGUAUUUGUUCAGUCAGUAGGGAUGUAAUGAAUGGGAAUUACGUUGAAAACACCAAUACAGAUAAAAUAAACUGCUAUGGCAAAACUGUGAUAGAAUUAGGCUUAGUUUACAUGGAAUUAUGUGACAUUGUAAAGGCACCAAGUCGUGACCGUCUGUUAUGUUUGAUGAAGUACCUUUUGCUGAUAUUAAAAGGACACAACAAUAAAUCAAAAUAUGCACUAGAACUUCUUCGGUUUUUAAGUCAACAAUUGGCACUUUUAAGUGAACGAGCAGCAAAUGAGGUCUGUUAUGGACUUUUUGUUAACACUGGAAAAUCUAUUAUUCCAGCUGAUAUGCAAAUGGAACAUUUGGUAAGGUUGACAAAAUGCCAUUUACGAACAAUGUGCUCUAAUGUAACUGACUCUUCUCUAGCUAAACGAAGCAGUGCUUUCUUUGGAAUGGACGAGAUAUCCAAAAACAUUGAUAAAGAAACAUCUUCAAUUAAGCGUUCACAAAAGCAUAAAAGGCUUUCUUCUAUAGAGGACGAACAGAAAAUUAUCAAAGAGCUUAGGGUAGUAAGACCCUUUUUAAAUAUACCAGGUCGACAUACUGAAACCUUGAAAAUGACAAAGAACCCUAUAACAAAAUUAAAUAUGGAGGCUUUGAUCAAAUGGAUUGAACAGUAUAAAUUGAAAUUCUAUUAUGAGCUGUAGAGUGAAAUUGUUAUACAAAAGUAAGUGACGGGUAUGUUUUGCAUGUGAAAAUGAUACAAAGUCUAGAUUUUUCAUAAUAUCUGACUGGCAUGGUGUGGAAUACACUCGUCAUGCUCAUUUUGUGACAUUAUAUAAAUAUCAUACGGCUACGUGUGACAUUGAUAUUGUCAACCGAGGGCAGAAUGUCACCUGAGGCGAAAGCACAGUGGUGACAUUCUGUUUCAAGGGUUGACAAUAUCAAUGUCGCACACGCUGUUGUAUGAUAUGAUAUGAUAAAUUAGGCACAUGAAAAAGUUAUAAAGUGUUUAAUUCAUUUAAUACAACAGUUUCAUAUUUAGUGGGGUAAUCACCUGUGUACACAUUGAAUAAUGACGUCUUUACAAUAUGACAUUGUGUACAAGGGAGGCAAUCAUGUGUCAAAAAAAUUGAAGCAGUUAUUUGCCCUUAUAUGACAUUCAAAAUAACAGCGCGGUCUCAUGACCAAAAAGGUUGAAAAUGUUUCUUACAGACAAAACAUCUCUUUUUCGGGUAAUGUGAUUUUACCAUUGUAGACAAAAGUGAGGUAUAAUAAAAUUUAUUGGGUGAUAACAUUUUCAGAACAGGAUAUUUCAGUGAUUAAAUAUUGAGACAGUUUUAAUUAAUCUUCUCAUUGGACAUGAUCUGGUAUAGUAAGUAAUAAAAAAUAUCACCUCAUGCAUUAAAAUAAAGGCUUUUUCAUACUUACCAACCUGUUUAAGAUACCUGUAUGAAGAAACCGCUUGCAUUAAGGUGCCAUAUUUUUCAGUGCAAACAUAAAGAUUAAGAAACAAAACAUGUUCAAGACACUGUUUUAUUAUGAUAUCAUAUUUUAAAACCCCAGUGUCUCUUUAGACUGUACAUUAUGCAAUUGAUAGUUUAUCAAAGUCCCAUUCCAGUCCAUGCUCGGGUUGACACCUGUUGCAGCAAACAGAAGGUUUUUGAACUGCUUUGAAGCCAAAGUAUUCAUUGAUCAAUUCUCUAUAGCACCUUUCACCCCUGCAGUAUACUUUCAUUUCAUUUCGCAUGUGUUGAGCCGCCAGAUCAUUAUUAUUAUAAUACAGGAUAGCUUGAGCAGAGGUAUCUGACCUCCCUGAUCUUCCUAUCUCUUGAACAUAGGCUGCAAUAUUUAAUGCAUUUAUUUGUUAUUUUGUGGCUUUUUCAAAUUAAAGUUACAUUACGAUAGUCAAAAAAGGUUAGAAAACUAACAAAGACUUGCAUAUUUUUUAGUAAUCUUCUUAUUUUAAGGAUUAAAAACAUCUUAUAAAUAUUUACUAAAAAUUGUGAUGGUCACUUACAGCAGUAAUAUAACUUUAAGUGUAGCUACAAGAAAGUGUGUAUACUGACAUAUUUAUCUGUAACACUAUUAUUCUAGUCAAAACAUGUUCCUAUGUUGUAAGAAAUUUGUUUCUUUUUUAUUAGUCCAAUACAAAAGGUUGAGUAUUUAACCCUUCUCUUGCUACAUUUCUAAAAUGGACUUCUCCAUCUUAUAAUUUGGACAGUACCAUUUAGAGUUCAUAGUGGUCAUGAAAAAUUUAAUGACUGUAUUAUUGUACUGAAUAGCAAACAGUGCAGAUCAUGAUCAGACUGCAUGAAUGUGCAGGCUGAUUUUGAUCUGCACUGGUUGCAAAGGCAAAUACAAUUGCACUUAGCAAGGGAAGUGUUAAACACUUUAUUUAUUAAUUACAACUUACUUUAAAAACAUGUCAAAACAUGUUCCUAUAUUUGUAAGAAAUUGUAUUGUUUCUUUUUCAUUAGGUCACACUAAAAAGGUGGAGUAUUUAACCCUUCUCUUGCUACAUUUCUAAAAUGGAAUGCUCCAUCUUUCAAUUUGUACAAUAGCAGUUAUAAUUCAUUGGGAUAUUCAUGAAAAAUUUAUUGACUGUUUUAUUGUAUUGAAUAGCAAACAGUGCAGAUCAUGAUCAGACUGCAUGGAUGUGCAGGCUGAUCUUGAUCUGCACUGGUCGCAAAGGCAAAAACAAUUGCACUUAGCAAGGGAAGUGUUAAACACUUUAUUAAUUACAACUUACUUUCCAGUGUAGUCGGUGGGCCUGCAUGUAUGACACGUCUUACAUAUUUUAAGUCUGCCCCCAUUCCCAGUGCCACUGAUGAAAUAAUGAGGCGGAUACAACUGUCUGCCUUUUGUAAACUUGAAAUAAUCAUGUCUUUCAGCUGUGUAUAAUGGAAUACAGGAAUCAAUAAAUUAAGGUUGUUUCAGUAUAAUAAAUAUAUUGAAUCUA